GGGGAGGUCUAGAAUUUAGACGUAAGAGAACGAAUCAAAAAGUUGGCAACUUUCAUUGAUAAACUAUAAUAUAAACAUUAUUCUAUAUCGAAAUCAAUAAAAUUAUCAUUUCCCUUAAUAAAAAAAUCUUAUAUAUCUUAUAUAUCUUACUCGCCUAGUCUCUCGGAAAGACUUUGUCGUUUAUUCAUGAAUUUUACAUAAAUCCAUAAACAAACGUGUAUCCCAGACAAUGGCAUGAACGUAAACAGUAGCAUACAAAUCAAUAAUUGUAAUUUACUUACUUAAUUACGCGAGGAUAAAUGAAUAAACAUAGCAUCGAUUUUAAUUAAAUGUAUAUAAAUAGUUACAUCUUUUUAAUUUUUCCUCAAAUACUACGAUGUAAUGCUGCGUGUUAUACGAAAUCGAUAUACAAGCGAUAAGCGAUUAAAAUUUACAUGAUUUAAAAGUUGUACAAAUUGUGAGUUGCCAUACAUUUUAUGAUUCACUGAACCAGUUGCGUGAAUAUGAUAGAAAUGAUGGAAGACAUGGAUAAUUUGGAUGAUAAACUACUUAGUAAUAUAUUUAAGAGAAAUCCAUCUAUGGAAGAUGCCAAAAAAAGGAUUACAUUUGCAGAUGAGGACGAUCCAUUAGCUGAUUUGUUAGCUGAUAAAGAUUUUUCAUCAGACCGAAAGAAUCUAGUAGCAGUAAAAGAUAAGAGUAUAAUAGAUGAUUUGUUUAAUAAAAAGGUUUCCAAUGAGUCAUUAAGUUUAAAGCCAAGUGAAAAAGAGAAUAACUUGACAUCUGUAUUAAGUACUACUGGAAUGGAUAAGUCAAAAGCAAUAGAUGAAAAAGCUAAAAAACUGUCAUUGAUGCAAGAUUUAUUUGGAAAUACAUUGCACAUGUCACCAUCAAAAGAAUCAAAUGUUAGUAAAAAAUCUGUACAGAUUGAACAAGGAAUUACACAGCAUGCAACUGAAGGACCUAGGAUACAAUCACAGCACUCAACUUAUGCACCAACAGCCUUUGGAACAAGAGAGCCACGUCGAGGCAAAAGAACCUCAGAAAUUAUUAAUGACCCUUUAGGAUUAUUUUCUUUGAACACAAUGUCAAGUCAAAUUGAAAAACCUGAAGAAAGACAUACAGUGUCUGCAGACUCAAGUAAACAAAAAAUUGAAACUAAACAAUAUUUACCAGAUUGGUUGGAACCUAAAAAGACAACAGAAGAUAAAAAUAGCGAUUAUAUUCAAGAUAAAAUAAUGCCUGAAGAAUUAUUUAGCAGACAUAGAAGUUCUGAUAAGAUUGUUCAAGAAGAUGAGACAAGAGUAGCUGAAUCACUGCCACAUGAGAAAAAAGAAUUGACAUCAUCAGAUAAUAAAAAAAUUGAAAUGAAUGAAUAUGAAAAACGAAAAACUGAAGAUUAUCAUAAAUCUAAUGCAAUAGAUAAUGCUCCUGAUGGUGAUAAAAAUUCGGAGAAUAUAUUUGAUAAUUUAAUUCAUAAAGGUGCAGAUUAUGAAAACAUGAUUUAUAAAUUAGAGUUAGAAAAGUCUCAUUUAACUGUAACAAUACGUAGUUUAAAUGAAAAAUAUGAAAAUGAAAUAAUGAUUCUAGACGAAUCAUACAAACGGCAAAUAGGAUUUCUACAAGAAAGAACAGAUACAUUGGAAAAGAGAAUGCAACAGGAGCUUGAAUGUUUAGAGACGGAUUAUGAAGCAAAAAUUGAAAAAUUAAAAAAUGAAAAGAUGCAAAUUGAAACAUUUUAUAAGGAAGAAAUUCAGAAUUUAAAGAAGGAGCAUGCGCAAUUUAUAGAAGAAAUUUACGAACGACAUUCUCAAAAUACAAGAUUGUUGCAAAAAGAACACUUUGAUACAAUAGAGAAUAUAUUAAAAAUGAGAGAGAUAGAGAAUUUGGCUAUGACGACCAUAGCAACUCACAAGACUGAUAUGCAGAAUUUAUUACAAAAAGCUAACUUUAUUAUAGAAAAUAUAAAAACUGUACAAGAAAAGACUGAUCAUAGAGACGACCAAAGUGUAAAGUUAAGAGAAUAUUAUUUAAAAAGUCAGGAAGAAGAUAUGCAAAUACAAAAUGUAGAAAUAAAGAAGCAACAGGAGUUAUUGAUGGAAGAACGUGACAAAAUAAUGAAAGUAGCAGAUAGAUUAGAUUCGCAUGUUGCUCAAUUGGUGCUUGAAUUAGAGAAGAAAAGUACUAUGCUUAAUGAGGCAUUGGAAACUCUAAAAAAAAGAGAACAAUCUCUGUCACAUGAAAGAGAAUUAUUUGAAGAAAAAGUACAAUGGGAAUAUAAUCAUCUACAGGCUUUAAAAGAAUCUUGGUUUAAUGAACAAGAAAAACAAUUGAAGCUGUUAACAAAGGAAAAAGAAGUAAUUGCAGCUAAAAAGAGGCAAUAUGAAGUUUUAAAGACAAUAAAAACUGAUUCGGAUAAUAUUACAAAGAUAGAGGCAGCUGCUGCUAUAAAAACAGCUCAAGACGCUACUAUACUUGCGAAUCAAGAACGAUUGAAAUGGCAAGAAAAAAUCAAAUAUCUUGAAAUGCAGCAGCAAACAUUACAAGAGAAAGAAUACCGGCUGUUAGCACGUGCGAAAGAUAUUGAAAAGUUUACACAGGUAGCAUUUACGAAAAAUGAAGAAGCUGUCAAAGCCUUAAAAGAAGCUCAUAACAUUGAAAAUGAAUAUAAAACUAAAUUUGAUUCUAAUUCUGGUAUAUUUGAAAAACUCGAUUUAACAAGUGAAAAGUUGGCUUUGACAACUGCUCAAUUACAGAAAUUAAAAAAAAAUAAUAUUCCAUAUAGUACAAACAGGCGAACAUUGUCUAAUCAACAACAUGCAUUUCAAGUUUCUACUCAUUUUACAGAGGUUGUAGAUCCUCAAUUGGUAAUGUUAAAAUUAAAUCUAGAUGAUCAACUAGAUGAUAUUCAAUAUAUAUGACUGCCAUGGAAUUUUAAUAUAACAUUUAAUAAAUAUGUAUCGCAUACC